AUGAUAAUCGCAAACUGCGCCCUCUAUCACUGUCACGCUACAACAGGCCGCAAGCUCUCACGCGGCUUCAACAGAGCAGCUUUCGAGCAGCUUCAACAACAAACAAGCAGCACAUCCAGCAGACGAAAGCCAGCAUUCUCUACCGAUACUAAAGCUUCUAGUGGUCAGGUUGACAUCCGAACGGCUAGACUAUCACCAUGUAAGCUCACCGUGCUCGGCCUCGUCUGUGUGUAUCGCCCGUCUGACCAUGCUAUUCGCAGGGAGGUACUUCUUGGUAUUACGGGGAAGGACUUCACGCUCAUUGCAGCGUCGAAGGCCGCGAUGAGGGGAGCUACGAUCCUGAAGGCCGCAGAUGACAAGACACGACAGCUAAACAAGAACACCCUCAUGGCAUUUUCGGGAGAAGCUGGAGAUACAAUCCAAUUCGCCGAGUUUAUACAAGCAAAUACCCAAUUGUACUCCAUGCGAAACCAAACCGAGCUUGGUCCCUCUGCAGUUGCCCACUUUGUUCGCGGAGAGCUCGCUCGAAGCCUCCGAUCAAGAAGCCCAUAUACCGUUAACCUCCUCCUCGGCGGCGUGGAUCCCAUCACAGAGAAGCCCAGCUUGUACUGGCUAGAUUAUCUAGCGUCGUUGGCACAGGUUCCAUAUGCCGCCCAUGGCUAUGCCCAAUACUACUGUCUAUCCAUCCUUGAUAAACAUCAUCACCCUGAUAUCUCCUAUGAGCAAGGCUUGAAACUCCUUGAGAUGUGCUCGGAUGAACUGAAGCGACGACUACCGAUCGACUUCAAGGGGGUCCUGGUGAAAGUCGUGACGAAGGAUGGAAUCAGGGAGGUCGACUUUGAGGAAGCUAAUAGCAGACAGGUUCGAAGUGCUUAG